AUGUCUUGAUUAGUAAAUAUCAAUCAGUAUAUCGAUUAAUUACGGGCUAUAUUGUUUAGAUUCAUGACAGAAAAUCAUUUAAGUCAAAUGUGUGUCAAUACCGAGUCACCCAAUUCAUAAUGCGCAUGUGCAAGAUAUCUGCGCGUCUGUGUCACCAGGGCAACGGUUACAAGCAAAGUGGGUGAGAAUUCUUUAAGACGAGACACAUUUUUAUACAGGUCUAAUGGUGAUAAGAAGAGAAACAUGAAAUCUGCUCAGGAACAUGCCGGUAGACCAAGCGAUGAAGAUGUACCCCAUGAUCUUUGGGACUCUUUAGAAUCAGACACUGAGAGUUUGGUGCAGGAAAAAGCUUACCAGAGAGAGCUUCAGAAACGCAUACUGAACGGUGUUGGAGAAAGCAGUUACUCUUAUAAUGACAACAUCGAGAGAUCGGAGUAUGAAGAGGGCUGUGACCCACAACCUGCUGUCACUGAAACAUGUGAAGACCAAAACACCAAGUAUUCAAGACAGAUGUCACCUUGGGAUGAGUAUGCUGACUUGCGCUAUGAUCCAAACUGGAGAAAGAAGCUGGCAGGGACUGAGUUUCUCCAGACAGACUUCUUGUUUGACCCCAAUGAGGAUCCUGCAGAUGCUCUGAGACACACAGGACAUCUGUCUCCAAGGGGAAGUCAUGAAUAUUUAAUAGUCCAUAGUCCUGUUUCACCAGAGAUAGAUGUUGUUCACCCCAAACCUCUACAGUCCUCCUUUCACCUACAUCCACCAGAAGAACAAGACACAGUACUGUCAGUACCCCAACACUCAUCUGCAUCCAUAGAAAGAAUGCCACCUUCAGAUUCAGUUAAACCCAUGAAUUUUAAGCCCAGAAUUAACCACCAGCAAGGUGAUGCUGGAAUUCAGAGGCAGCAUGAUAGAGAGAAGCAAAGCAUUGCUCAGGAGCAAAAUAGAGACAACCUUGAUGCAGUAGCUGUGCAGAGGAAACGCACCCAAAAAGUCAGACCACCCAUGCUGAAAGAAGACAUAAUAGAGCGCAAUAAAGCCACUCUGGGUAUGAACAGUCAUAAACAAGGGUCAUAUCGGAAGGUAUAUGAGCAAAGAGGAGGAAAAUCUGAUGAUUCAAAUCAGCCCCUACUGUCAGCUGAGGACACUGCAAGCACUGCCAACCCAGGAAGCCCAGACAAUGCCCUCAACCAAGAGCAGAUGUGGAUACAAAAUGCUCAAAAACUAAAGAUGCACAACCGACGUAAGCACCUGGAUCGAGCCAAGCUUCACAGCCAACAAAGCAAAUCCAAAGGUCACCCGAUCCAACUAGUGAAGAAACAGCACUCACAGACUCUCUCUGUGAGUCUCAGCCCACCUUACUCUGGCAGUAGCUCACAUUCUUCUUUCUUAUCAGCUCCAACUGUCAACCAGAACAUCAACCUCAACACCUCAGCUACACUUGCUGAACCUUUUAUUGACCAUAAGACACAGAAGAACCUCUACCCAUUUCCUCCUUCACCACACUGGAGGACCAGGAAUGAUGAGUUUAACUCAUGCUUCAAAGGGCCUAGUUGUACUUCAUGCCCUCCUGUUCCUCCUGGUGGUACAUUGGACCAUGAGAGCACACAACUGACUAAUAAGAACAACAUCAGGAUUUCUCCAACACAACCAUCAUUUCAUAAAAGCUUUACCUCGAAUGCCCCUCAGCUUUCGCAUUAUGGGGAGGAAAGUAGUGAUUCUGCUCAUGCACUCCAAACUUUCACUGGUGCCUAUCCAGUGCUUCCUCCAAUAGGUGCCUCUAACACUGCUGACACUGAGCUAUGUGGUGGCAGACCAGAGGAAGCUACAAAUCCUUUAUACAGGAGCAGCUCAGAGGGAUACCUGCCACAGCUAGAGAAGCAAAAACAAAUAAAUGCAAAAACAACUUAUAAGGCUUACACGGUGAAGGACUAUAAGAGCUUAAAUCUGAACGUGAAGCUGGGAGGUCUCGGACCAUCCAACGCUGUUGCUGUGGAUGUGGCUGAGAAAAUUAGACAACAGAAGCUGUAUUCAAAUGUGGUCCAUGAGCAGAACAAGAAGAUAAGUAGGAUUCCCUGUCUGCUAACCAGGAACCCAGUGGGCAUGGACAACAAGAACAUCAGUUCCAGGAACAAGGCCCUAGAGUACUCCAAAUCCAUCCCAAAACCAAAAGCAUCUCAGCAGCAGAAGGAGACACCCAAAGACAAAUCUGAGAGUGAGAGAGUGUUCGAGCACACUGCUUAUCACCGGUUAGGAGCGGAUCACACCCAGCUAUCUACUUUAGAGAUGCUGAGGAAACGGCAUGAGCAGGAGAAACAGAUUGUGUCCCGCUUUACAAAUGUCCAUGGCAGGUCAUCUGCACCCUCUUUCAGCAGCCACUAAACAAGUAGCCCACUGCACUAAACUGUAGAAGCAUAAAAGCAGCUUGUUUAAUAAAUGUCUAUUAUGCGCAAUGACUAUUAAGAUUAUUGCCCAGCUUAAAAAUUUCAUUUCUGAGCAAUGAAGAAAAGAAAACACACACAAAAAAAUGUAACAAAUAUGAAAGACAUCUUUAAAAGACACAAAUAAGUGUAUAAUUGCUUAUUGCUCAUUUUCUGCUUCAGUGUACUUAUUCAGAAAGUAGAGUGCUAGUAAAAAAAUAAAUAAAAAUUAAAACAUAUUUAAAAAAGCAGCACAUGAGAGAAGGAAAUUCUCUUUUAUUACUUCCUGUGUUCAUUAUAAUAACUAACCAAAAGAAAAGGGGAAAAAGAAAAAGCUUGUUUAAUAAAUCUAUCAGAAAGACAUGUUGUCUACUAUGUCUGUUUUUAAUAUUUUUAUAUGAAUACAUUGUAAUGUAUUGCAUUUUGUGUUCCUUUUAAUGUCACAAAAUAUAUUGUGUGCAUUUCUGUGUAGCUAAAUAUGUUGUGAAACACCUGCCGUAGUUCAUAGGAAUAUUUACUAGGUAAAAAUAAUACAUGUAUUUAUUUAUUCUACAAUAAAAGGUGUAACAGGGCAUACUAUUUAUCUGUUUUUCCAUAACAUCAUGCAUUUUGCGUCAAUUAUGUUCAAUUAUUUUAUAAACACACCUGGCUGCACUGAUCCCACCACUCUGCUGAUUUUUCAGUCACUUCCUGCCCAUUAGUCUGAUCAUUCCUACUUUACCCAUUUCCUUUUCUCUAACUGAGAAAAAAAGAGGGUCAAAAAAAGAAGGCACUUUGAAGCCUCCUCUGAUUAGAGCCCGUAAACUUGUUUUCUAUAUUUUGAAAGUGAUAAUUCCCUCCCCCUUAAAACAAUCUCGAGCACCUACCCCUUUAAUGGAAGCCUUAGAUCGUUAUCAAAGAGCUAUUUGCUCGCAUGUAAUAUUUUAAUUAGAUUACAGCCUCUAUUUAACCCAUCAUGUCCGCUUUGAUGCUGCGUUGUUUGCGGCGUCAAGCCUCCGUGCGCGAGCCUCAUAAACGCACAGCCUUUUGAAUUAAUGAGACUUUCCCGACCGACUCUCU